UGAGCGCGGAGAGGGCGAGCUGGGGCCGCGGGCAGGGCGGGAGCCGGCAGCCGGCAACCGAGGGAGGCAGAGAGGCACAAAGAUCGCAAUAAUAUCCGUUAUAACUAGCCAUCUAACUCCACCCCCAACACACACCCAUCCAUCCCACCCUCCGGGAGAGGCAGCCAGCGGUCGGCUCUCUGCGCCCAGGGAAAAAGCCCCAGCCAUGAGCAAUCAGUACCAGGAGGAGGGCUGCUCCGAGAGGCCCGAGUGUAAAAGUAAAUCUCCAACUUUGCUCUCCUCCUACUGCAUCGACAGCAUCCUGGGCCGGAGGAGCCCGUGCAAAAUGCGGCUGCUGGGAGCCGCGCAAAGCUUGCCUGCCCCGCUGGCCAGCCGCGCCGACCAGGAAAAGGCCGUGCAAGGCUCCCCCAAGGGUAGCAGCGCCCAGUUCGAGGCGGAGCUGCACCUGCCACCCAAGCUGCGGCGCCUGUACGGCCCGGGCGGGGGCCCUCCUCCGCCGCCGCCGCCAACCGCGCGGCCCGGGGAGCGGCCGGACGGCGCAGGGGCAGCCGCGGCCGCUGCGGCCGCAGCCGCCGCGGCCUGGGACACGCUCAAGAUCAGCCAGGCACCGCAGGUGAGCAUCAGCCGCAGCAAGUCGUACCGCGAGAACGGGGCGCCCUUCGUGCCGCCGCCGCCCGCGCUGGACGAGCUUGGCGGCCCGGGGGGCGUCACGCACCCGGACGAGCGCCUUGGAGCGGCCGGCGGCACUGGCAGCGCCCCAGCGGCGGGUGGCGGCACCGGCGCUGAGGACGACGAGGAGGAGCUGCUGGAGGACGAGGAGGAUGAGGAUGAGGAAGAGGAGCUGCUGGAGGACGACGAAGAGGAGCUGUUGGAGGACGACGCCCGCGCGCUGCUCAAGGAGCCCCGGCGCUGCGCUGUGGCCGCCACCGGCGCUGUGGCCGCAGCUGCUGCUUCUGCAGUGGCCACCGAGGGCGGGGAGCUGUCACCCAAGGAAGAGCUGUUGCUGCACCCGGAAGACGCUGAGGGCAAGGACGGCGAGGACAGCGUGUGCCUGUCUGCGGGCAGCGACUCGGAGGAGGGGCUGCUGAAACGCAAACAGAGGCGCUACCGCACCACAUUCACCAGCUACCAGCUGGAGGAACUGGAGCGAGCCUUCCAGAAGACGCACUACCCGGACGUCUUCACCAGGGAGGAACUGGCCAUGAGGCUGGACUUGACUGAGGCCCGAGUCCAGGUCUGGUUCCAGAACCGUCGGGCCAAGUGGCGCAAGCGAGAGAAGGCGGGCGCGCAGACCCACCCCCCGGGGCUGCCCUUCCCCGGGCCGCUCUCGGCCACCCACCCGCUCAGCCCCUACCUGGACGCCAGCCCCUUUCCCCCGCACCACCCCGCGCUCGACUCGGCCUGGACAGCUGCUGCCGCCGCGGCCGCCGCCGCCUUCCCGAGCCUACCUCCGCCUCCCGGCUCCGCCAGCCUGCCGCCUAGCGGGGCGCCACUGGGCCUGAGCACUUUCCUCGGAGCCGCCGUGUUCCGGCACCCAGCCUUCAUCAGCCCAGCGUUUGGCAGGCUCUUUUCCACCAUGGCCCCUCUGACCAGCGCGUCGACCGCGGCCGCGCUCCUGAGACAGCCCACACCGGCGGUGGAGGGCGCGGUGGCGUCGGGCGCGCUGGCCGACCCGGCCACCGCGGCUGCAGACAGACGCGCCUCCAGCAUAGCGGCGCUGAGGCUCAAGGCCAAGGAGCACGCGGCGCAGCUCACGCAGCUCAACAUCCUGCCGGGCACCAGCACGGGCAAGGAGGUGUGCUAAAGGCUGCCUCCGACCUUGCGCCCCGGGCGCGCCCCGAAAGGUCACCUCACUCAGCACCACUCAAGACCAAAUGGAAACAGAGGACCAGCACACUCCUGAGACGGCACUGAGAGAGAGCAGCCGCCUCCGCAGCAGUCUGGGCGCUACCAGACAUGGCACCUCCUCGGCUGGCUGUCCGCUCGCCCCUGCCCCCGUCCCUCCCCUGCCACCGCCAACCUCGCUCCAACUCCAACGUCCACUCUCUCCCGUUCUUUCUUUACUGAAAACAUCGGGGAGUUUUCUCCCAAAACGCCUGAUUAUCGAAGUUAAAAAUUUAAAAAGCCCAACCUCUCUUUCUCCUGACGCCCCACUUAGCUUUUUUUUUUUUUAAAUAGCAUUUUGGCGCUCUAAGUUGAUCUUCCCAGCGUGGGCCCCGGCGUGGAGCCAGGGCCAGGGAAGCGAACGCGCGUCUGUAAGAUAGCUAACAGUGCACUUAAAGGAAAGGGGCGUCUUGUUCUUGUUCUCUUCUUUAUCAUACACCAACCAAGGUUUUUAUAUCAAACCAAAGGGAAAUACUCUGCUAGAAUAUGGACUAUUGAAGUCACCAAACUGUGAUUAUUGAUUCUGUACAUACCAUUGUUAUUAAAAAAAAAAAAAGAACAGAGCUUUGUAUAUUUGAAAUGUUAUAACGCAAUUGCACUCAGCGUGGUAUGGUAAAAGUUUGUCCUCCUGUAGGUUCUUACUGUGUUGUAGAUACGGUAGGGUUCCUAGACAAAUAUUUAUGUACUCAAGCCCUUUAUUUAACUUAUUAACUGUAGAGGCUUCCGAAACCUUCAAGAUAAAGGCAAUGGUACAGUACUUUUGUGUAAUGUGUAAUUGUUAUCACUUUUCCUUGCUAUCUAGUGGAGAAGUGUCACGCUUAAAAUAAAAAAAAAAAAUUAUAUGUUUAACAAAA